AUGACUACAGCCCAAUCCAUCGGCAUCGACGCAUUCGCCCUGAACUGCGCAAGCAUAGACAGCUACACCCCAACCCAACUAGCCCUAGCCUACGAAGCAGCGCAACAAGUCAAUUUCAAAGUGUUUAUCUCUUUCGAUUUUGCCUAUUGGACCAAUGGGGACACAGCAAAGAUUACGGAGUACAUGAAACUAUAUGCAGGUCACCCAGCGCAGAUGCAAUAUAAGGGAGGCGCGGUAGUAAGUACAUUUGUCGGAGACAGUUUCAAUUGGGAUGAAGUGAAGCAGGGUACGCCGCAUCCCAUUUAUGCAUUGCCAAAUCUCCAAGAUCCGGCUGAGGCUACUACCGGCCCUGCUAAAAGCGCUGAUGGGCCGAUGACAACCGUCUGGGAUGAUCGAUUUAUUCAUUUCCUCGCGGGGAAAACUUAUAUGGCUCCCGUCUCACCCUGGUUCUCAACCCAUUUCAACACCAAAAACUGGGUUUUCGUUUGCGAGAAUCUGCCAACAUUACGUUGGGAGCAAAUGCUUUCCCUUCAGCCUGACCUGAUUGAGAUUAUCACAUGGAAUGAUUACGGCGAGUCCCACUAUAUCGGCCCGUACUCAGCCCACCACAGCGAUGAUGGGUCAUCCCAGUGGGCGGAAAAUAUGCCUCACGACGCCUGGCGCAACCUAUUCAAGCCCUAUAUUGCAGCCUACAAAUCUGGAGCAAAAACGCCUACCGUGGAAGCAGACGAAGUCGUGUACUGGUACCGACCUACGCCCAAGGGCGUCGUGUGCACCGGUGAUAACCUCCCAGCACCAAUGGGUGCCAACAUGCUCAGCGACAGUAUUUUUGUCGCGACUAUGUUGACCAGUCCGGCUACAUUGACUGUGCAGAGUGGGAAUAAUGCUCCUGUUAGCAUUGAUGUUCCGGCGGGGAUUGUUACUUCGAAUGUGACUAUGGGGGUUGGGGCCCAGUCUUUCAAGGUGACUCGUGAUGGAAAGACGAUUCUGAGUGGCCAGGGAGGGUUGGCUGUUAAGGAUAGGUGUGUUCAUUAUAACUUCAAUGUUUAUGUUGGGUCGAUUACUGGGGUCGAUAGGUAG